GCCACAGCAGUAUGGUCUAGUAGCGGAUUCAACAUGAAAUGCUUCACGUGCCUGCUCUCUCUGUGUCUUUUCUCUCGGUCUGUGGAUGCUGAUGGAAAUGGAUACUUCAUGUAUGCCGACUUCUGGUGUGCCAUGUACUCCAGAGACCGGGAAAAGGUGGAAUAUCUGGUUGACUGGUACUUUAACGAAGAGUUCAUGAUGCAGUACAACAGCACCGUCGGGAGCUGGACGGGCUUCACUCCAGCUGGAUUAGUGUCUGCGUCGAUGUUAAACGAGGACAAGCAUGAUCUUCUGCAGAGGAGAGUGGAGAAGGAACUGAUAUGUGUCGACCAUGUCAAUUUGAUAUUUAACAUAACUGAGGAGAACAUGGCUGAACCCAGCAUCACGCUUGUGGAGACGUCCAGCUCCAGCCACGACAUCAUGCUGGUGUGCAGCGCAUAUGACUUCUACCCCAAAUACAUCAGGGUGACGUGGCACAGGAACGGACAGGAAGUGACCUCGGGCGUGACCUUUAGCGAGGUGAUGACAAACGGAGACUGGACCUAUCAGGUCCACUCUUACCUGGAGUACACACCUGGCCGGCAGGACAGGGUUAGCUGUAUGGUGGAGCAUGUCAGCCUCAGGAAGCCAAAGAUUUAUAACUGGGAUUCUUCCAUGCAUCAGUCUGAGAGAAGCUUCCUGAUUGGUGGAGCCUCUGCCCUGCUGUUGGGAGCAGUGUUACUGUUCUCGGGACUGGUCCACUACAGGAGGAAAAGCUCUGAUCCACGAUUUUCAAACGCUUUAUAACUAGUUUAGCUAAUUUUAAACAUACACUCACCUAAAGGAUUAUUAGGAACACCAUACUAAUACCAUGUUUGACCCUAUCCUAUCA